AUGUAUAAUGUAUAUGCUAUUUGCAUAGCAGGGCCAGAGAGGGCGGAUGAUUAUGCGGCCUUACUCAAGGCUGUGCGAAAAGUUGAUUGGAACGCUACAAGAGAAUUCCUUCAUGAGCACCACCCCCAUGCAUUGACAGCAAUAAUAUUGUUUUCGGGUGGGACAGUUCUUCACGCUGCUGUUGAUGCUGAACAGGAACAUAUAGUGGUGGAGUUGGUGAAUAUGAUUUCGGAACAUGAUUUGGCAAUGCAAGAUUCUGACGGCCAUACAGCUCUACAUGCGGUAAGUAUUAUUGGUAAUUAUCGGAUGGCAGAGUUCCUGAUUACAAAGAACAAGAACUUGGUCAGCAUUAGAAAUAUUGAGAACGACCUUCCAGUUACUUUGGCUAUGGCCUGUGAGCAUAAAGAUUUGGCUCGCUAUCUCUAUUCUCAAACUCCGUUCGUAGAUCUGGAGCCAGAACAGGGCCACAAUGGUGCUAAACUUCUUAAGCGCUCUAUUUAUGCCAGAGAUUUAGGAUUCAAGCGUUUAUAUGAAAUGAAGUUGGUACAAGCACAAUUCCAACAACUUCUCUCUCGUAUGUGUGAAGCGAUUCCAACUAAUACAAGUUCAGAAAAUGUAAGUGAUAUUAUUGCGCCAGCAAUCUUCAGUGCUAUCAACAAAGGGAACUUUGAAUUUGUUUAUCAUAUAGUCAUGAAAACACAUCCAGAUCUUUUGGUUAUCAAAGAUGUCACUAAUAGAAGGAGCAUAUUCCUAUUGGCGGUCCUCCAUCGUCAACAUAAGAUCUUUAGCCUUGUAUACAACUUAAAAAAGAAUAAGUUUCUACUAAAUGUGGAAGAUGACUCCAAAAAUAGCAUAUUGCAUACGGCAGGGAUGUUAACAGAACAUACUAUUGAUCACAUAAGAGGUGCAGCUUUGCAAAAAUAG